AUAUGCAGAAGGGUUUUGUUCCAUGUAUGGUAUUUGUGGACAACGCAGUGAUGGGAAGGUUUUAAAUUGCCCUAACCGUACACAUUCUGUGAAGCCAGAUGAAUUGCUUUCUUCAACGAUCCAGAGUCUGUGUCCAACAAUCACCGACAACGUCUGCUGCUCUGCAGAUCAGUUUGACACAUUACGUGGGCAAGUCCAACAAGCAAUUCCUCUUCUUGUGGGUUGUCCAGCAUGCUUGAGGAAUUUUCUGAAUCUCUUCUGUGAGCUCUCUUGCUCUCCAAAUCAAAGCCUAUUCAUCAAUGUGACAUCAAUCAAGAAGGUGAAUGGUACUUUGGCUGUUGAUGCAAUAGAUUUCUUUGUAACUCAUUACUUUGGAGAACAGCUAUUUAAUUCAUGCAAGGAUGUGAAGUUUGGUAGUAUGAAUACUCGUGCAAUGGAUUUUGUUGGUGCUGGUGCUCAUAAUUAUGCUGAUUGGCUUGCUUUUCUUGGUCGUCGAGCAAAUCUCGAUGUGCCUGGUUCACCAUAUGCAAUUACAUUCCGAUCAAAUAUUAGUGAUUCAACUGGAAUGAAGCCUAUGAACACAACUGUUUAUUCAUGUGGCGACUCUUCUCUGGGAUGCUCUUGUGGGGAUUGUCCUUCGUCUGCUGUAUGCUUGGAUUCUUCGACACCAGCUCAACAUGCAAAGCAAUCAUGUUCAAUCAAUAUUGGUUCUUUAAAGAUCAAAUGUCUGGAUUUUUCAUUGGCAAUUGUCUACCUCUUCUUAGUUUCUGCCUUUCUACUAUGGGGUUUUGUAUACAGAAAAAAAAGAGCUGGCCCUUCUAGAACAAAGGCAUUGUUGAAUGUAAGAGAUGAUAACAACCACAAUUCUGGUGACAAGAAGGAAGCUCCUUCCCAGAUAUCUGAAGAGGUUCCUCCGGUAGUUAAAGCACAUCGACCUUCUGUAAUUCAACUUUAUAUGUCAAAUUUCUUCAGGAAGUACGGGAGCUUUGUUUCCAAAAAUCCAACUCUCAUUUUGUGCUUAUCAUUGGUUGUUCCUCUUCUUCUAUGCUUAGGGCUUAUCCGUUUCAAAGUGGAAACACGUCCUGAGAAGCUAUGGGUUGGUCCUGGAAGUAAGGCUGCGAAAGAAAAACAAUACUUUGAUAGCCACCUUGCUCCUUUCUACAGAAUUGAACAGCUUAUAUUAGCAGGAAUUUCUGGUUCAGAUGCUGAGAGGCCACCCAAUAUCAUUACUGAUAAAAAUCUAAAGCUACUUUUUGAAUUACAAAAGAAGGUUGAUGAUCUUCGUGCAAAUUAUUCUGGAUCGAUGGUUUCCCUUGCUGAUAUCUGCCUGAAGCCUCUUGGUAAAGAUUGUGCUACUCAGAGUGUUCUACAGUAUUUCAAAAUGGAUCCUCAGAACUAUGAUGCUUAUGGUGGUUUAGACCAUGUUCAAUACUGUUUUCAGCAUUUCUCUUCUGCCGAAAACUGCCUGAGUGCGUUUCAUGCUCCUCUUGAUCCAAGCACAGCAUUAGGGGGAUUUUCUGGAAAUAACUACUCUGAGGCCUCAGCUUUUGUAAUAACCUAUCCUGUGAACAAUCAGCUUGACGAAACAAGCACCGAGUACAGAAGUGCUGUUGCUUGGGAGAAGGCUUUCAUUCGAUUGAUACAGGAUGAGCUUGUACCAAUGGUGCAGUCACAAAAUCUUAGUCUUUCUUUUUCAUCAGAAAGUUCUAUUCAAGAAGAACUAAAAAGGGAAAGUACAGCUGAUGUGAUAACUAUAAUUGUGAGCUACCUUGUAAUGUUUGCUUACAUAUCCAUCAUGCUGGGAGAUAGAGGUCAUUUGUCCACCUUUUUCGUUUCUUCUAAGCUGCUUCUUGGCCUAUCUGGAGUAGUUUUGGUUAUGCUCUCUGUUCUUGGGUCAGUCGGGUUCUAUAGUGCCAUUGGUAUCAAGUCUACCCUCAUCAUAAUGGAAGUGAUUCCUUUUCUUGUUUUGGCUGUUGGAGUGGAUAACAUGUGUAUCCUUGUCCAUGCUGUCAAACGCCAACCGUGUGAGUUGCUUUUAGAAGAACGGAUAAGUAAUGCACUUGUGGAAGUUGGGCCAUCCAUCACCCUUGCUAGUUUGUCUGAAGUUUUGGCCUUUGCUGUUGGUAGUUUUAUACCAAUGCCAGCAUGCCGUGUUUUCUCCAUGUUUGCUGCACUGGCAGUGUUAUUGGAUUUCUUUUUGCAAGUAACAGCUUUUGUCUCGCUGAUAAUCUUUGACUUCUUAAGAGCUGAAGAUGACAGAGUAGAUUGUGUUCCAUGUAUUAAACUUCAAUCAAGCAAGAUCUCUGAUGAAGGUACUGUCAAAGAAGAUCCUGGGUUGCUUGCACGUUAUAUGAAGGAAGUUCAUGCACCUCUUCUUAGCCUUUGGGGAGUUAAAAUUAUUGUAAUAGCUGUCUUUGUUGGAUUUGCUUUUGCAAGCAUUGCACUAUGUACUCGAGUUCAACCUGGUUUGGAGCAGAAAGUUGUCCUUCCUCGUAACUCAUAUCUCCAGGAUUAUUUUGAUGAUCUUGCAAAGUAUCUCAGAGUGGGACCACCGUUAUACUUUGUUGUAAAGGACUUCAACUACAGUUUGGAAGCAAGAAAUACAAACCAAAUAUGCUCAAUCAGCCAAUGUGAUUCAAAUUCUCUUUUGAAUGAGAUUACAAAAGCAUCAUUGGUACCAGCAUCAAGUUAUAUCGCUAAACCUGCUGCUUCAUGGCUUGAUGAUUUUCUUAUAUGGUUAUCCCCAGAUGCAUUUAGUUGCUGUCGGGAGUUUGUGAAUGGGAGCUAUUGCCCUCCUGAUGAUCAGCCUCCUUGUUGCCAACCAAAUGAUGGAUCAUGCACCUUAGGGAUAGAAUGCAAAGAUUGUACUACGUGCUUCCGCUAUUUAGAUUUGCACGAUGGUCGACCAUCAACAGUGCAAUUCAGGGAAAAGCUUCCUUGGUUUCUCAAUGCUUUGCCAUCUUCUAAUUGUGCCAAGGGUGGUAAAGGAGCUUACACAAGUAGUGUGGAUCUCUCUGGCUAUGAAAGUGGUAUAAUUGAAGCAUCGGCUUUUCGUACUUAUCAUACGCCACUUAAUAAACAAAGUGACUAUGUGAACUCAAUGAAAGCUGCACGGGAUUUCAGUUCUAAGAUGUCUGAUUCACUGAAGAUGGAAAUCUUUCCGUAUGCAGUGUUUUACAUAUUUUUUGAGCAAUAUUUAGAUAUAUGGAGGACUGCUUUGAUCAACAUCUCAAUUGGCCUUGGUGCUGUCUUUGUUGUUUGCCUGGUUCUCACUAGCAGCAUAUGGAUAUCAGCAAUAAUUUUAUUGGUAUUGGCAAUGAUUGUCAUUGAUAUGCUGGGAAUCAUGGCUGUUUUGGACAUUCAGUUGAAUGCAAUUUCUGUUGUAAACCUUGUGAUGUCGAUAGGAAUUGCUGUCGAGUUUUGUGUUCAUAUAACACACGCUUUCUUGGUAAGCAGUGGUGAUAGAGGGACCCGAACCAAGUUGGCUGUGUCCACCAUGGGUGCUUCUGUAUUUAGUGGAAUUACCCUCACGAAGCUAGUCGGAGUAGUUGUCCUCCGUUUCUCAAAAUCAGAAGUUUUUGUGGUUUAUUACUUCCAAAUGUAUUUGGCAUUGGUUCUGAUUGGGUUCUUGCAUGGACUGGUGUUUCUCCCGGUGGUCUUGAGCAUUUGUGGUCCUCCUUCAAGAUCUAUGCCCGUCGACAUGCGACAACACCAGCAGACGACUAGCUAAUGGCACGUCAAUCUCUAAAAUUGAUGGAGCAGCCUUAUUCUCUCUCUUCUCUCUCUCUCUCUCUCUCUGUGUUAUGCCAUUGUAUAUAUUUCUUAAGUUCCAUUGCUGCACCUCCUUGACUGAUUCGGCCGAUUGGAAUUUGCCUUCCUGUAUAUUUGAAACUGAAUCACAUCAAAGAAAAGAAGGAAAUUCGAAGUA